CCGGAAUUUAUUAUAAAGCGCAUGCGUUAAAAUAUAACAAGUACACAUAGUUAUCAAAGUAUAAAGGAGCUAUGCUUUGUUUAAAAGAAACACAAAAGUAUAUUUUAAUUUUAAUGUUUUUUCUUAUAAUUAUAUUGCCGUCAAAAAUUGAUGCUGACGAAAAGAAUAUCAAUAGACUUUUAAACAACCAAGCCGUUGUUAGUCGCCAAAUUAUGUGUAUUCUUGAAAAAAGCCCGUGUGACCAAUUGGGACGACAACUUAAAGCUGCUCUACCUGAGGUUAUAACAAGAAAAUGUCGCAAUUGCUCUCCCCAACAAGCUCAAAGUGCACAAAAACUGACAUCAUUUUUGCAAGCUCGCUAUCCGGACGUUUGGGCAAUGCUUUUGAAAAAAUAUCAAAAUGUCUAAACUUGUUGCAUGAAUUUAAUUGUUACUGUAAGAACGCUCAGAAUACAUAACUCGAAAUUUGCAAGCUUAGUUAAGUGAUUAUAUUAUUUUAUUGUAAGUUUCUUACUGUAAUAAGUCAAAUAUACGCCUCAAAUGCCGUUUUAAGCAAA